AUACAUCCCUCACAAAAAUUAAAAUCAACCCCGAAGCGGGACCAACGUCACUAAUCACCUCAUAGAAUGCCCUGGAUUUCACCAACAGUCCCAUUGAGUGCCUACCAGGGUAACUAUGUCACAAGAUGCAAGAACUCAACCAAUCAAAAACCAGCCUACCCUCAUCUCCCGGCCGGAAUAGCUCAUACAACCGAAGCUGCACCCAGUGCAACCGCAGGAAAGUCCGAUGCGACAAGAAUGAUCCAUGUGGCCGUUGCGUGAAAGGUGGAGAACGAUGUGUAUUCCCGGAACCUAAACGGGCACCCCGGAAACUUAGGCGGCCACCUAUUUCUGAGGUUGUUGCGCGGUUGAGGCAAUUGGAGGAGGAGGUAGAGGGACUUCGUUCGGGGUCUCCUGCGGGUGAUCAUGACGUGUCUUCGAGUGUGUCUUCGCGUUCGGAUGCAUUGCAUACGAACAAUUAUGAGGGUAGGUUCAUAGUCAAGGAAGGGAAAAGUCGAUAUGUGGGUGAUGAGGCGUCUGCUGUUCUUGGGGAUAAGAUUCGAGAAUUGCAGGACAUUUGUAGUGAUUCAUCUUCUGAAGAGGAUUUCGACGAGCCAGAUGCUUCUGCCCUGCGUUUUGUCAGUGUGCUAGGAAAUGACUGGAUUCCUGAUGUCCUGCACAGCAGCUAUCUAGACCCUUCGCGAAUUCAGGAGCUGUGGCGUGUCUAUAAAAUCAACGUUGCACCGCUGAUAGCGACCCUUAACAGACCAUCUGUUGAUGAAAUGGUUUGUCAAGAAUCUGAAAAUAUCAACCCAGAUCCUGCCCGUGAGGCUUUGCUGCUCUCAGUAUGCUACGCUGUCAUUGUCAGUAUGGACCCGAAGCAGUGCUUGGAAGCUUUAGGUGAAAAUAGCGAAACAUCCAUUCAAAAAUACAGAUUUGCCACAGACCAAGCCUUGGUUAGAGCCAACUUUAUCAAGUCUCAGAACAUCCAUGUUCUACAAGCAGCCGUGCUAUUCUUGCUAUGCCUCCGCCGGAAAGGGGAUACGAGACUUGUAUGGGCCGCGUCUGCUGUGGUAGUCCGCGUUGCUCAAGGACAGGGUCUCCAUCGCGAUGGGCAGUAUUUGGGAUUGAGUCCUUUCGAUGCGGAAAUCCGACGUCGAAUAUGGUGGCAUAUAUGCAUCUUGGACAUGCUCUGCUCAGGAGACCAAGGGACGGAUUCUCAGAUUCAACCUGGGAUGUUUGACACGAGGCUUCCAUCCAAUUGUGAGGUAAUCGCGAACCUCUACUGGCCGAAUAAACCAAUCGGAGCAAAUUUGUCCAGAAGCGGUCAAGAGAAUCGUGUAAAACCCCUGGCAAAUCGACUCGAGGAUCAAUACCUGAAACAACUGGAUCUGGACGUCCCGGAACCCGAUGACGAAGCUUUCAACAUGGCCAUCGAGGUUGUCAAAUUUGCACACUUACUGCACACCAACGAGUCUACCUCUCAAUGGGCCUGGCUAAGCAAAAGCUACAAACAAUGGCAUGUCAUCGCAUUCAUCCUCUCAGAACUAUGCGCUUGCCCAAUAACCCCCGAAACUAAUCACGCAUGGGAAGUGGUGACCGAGGUAUAUCGACAAUGGGAGGAAGAUGAUACACAGACAAGUCUCAUGCUCCGAAAAUUUAUCUCGCGAUUGAUGGAACGCGCAGCACAGUCGAGGGCGGCUAAGAUAGGAGUAGCGCUAUCUAGUCAGCUUGCAGGAAAUGUUUCUUUUAUGGGUGCUCCGUUGGGAGAACUUGCCUCUAAUUCGGAAAUCCUUUCACCCGGCAUGGAAUGGCUUUGGGAGCCGUUGUUGUGAUGUACCUGGGCGAGGGGCGAUUGUGCUCGGCACGUUUUCACGUUUCUCUUUCCUCUGUAUUCCAGUCUCU